AAAAGUGUGGCGUGGUUAAAAAAAAAAACACGAUGUGCUAACGGUUAUCAUCGACUCGCAACAUUUUUCUCUCGUCUUAGUUAAACCCAGUCUUUUACCAGCGCGUACAUACCGGCGCGUCCACGGGGAAUUUUGCGGGGCGUAUUGUCACGCGCAGGGCGAGGUUUUAUAGAUGUUUAUGUAGUUGUUUUUUCUUCAGUGUGUGUGUGUGUGUGUGAGUGAGAGUUACCUUCAUGCAAGCAGUUCUGUUUGAGCUAGCCGGAUGUGGCUAGCUGGCCAUGCUAACUCUUUUCCAGACAGUAUGUUUCAAAUUUUCAUGACGACGCGCCGUGAGGGCGGAGUUGAGGCCCGUAGAGGCAGGUCUGUUCUUUUAAUGAAGUAAGCACACGGUCACUAUGAUUAACUAAAGUUCCCCUAGUUAGAAGUGUUUCAAGAUGUCACUGGACAAUGACCUGCCAAUCAAAGUUAGCCCUGCCUUCCCAGCCACUGCCAGCCUAUCAGAGCAACCUCAGCUGGAGAAGCCACACCCAUGGUUUUCUGACAAUGGCCAUCCGUCACUCCCUGGCCCUCCUCCAGGAAGUCGAUUUGGAAAGCGCCGUUACUCUGUGGGUGUCGGCUUUAAGGGGCUGGCUAAGCGCCGUCGCCGUGCCAACAGCGAGAGCGAAUCUGACUCUGUGCUGCCAACCAAUUUUCUGUUAGGUGGGAAUAUUUUUGACCCACUGAACUUAAACUCGCUGCUGGACGAGGAUGUCAACAGAGCAACCAAUCAGGAGACGCCAAAGUGCUCACCCCUGCCGUCCCGGGGAGGAGACCCUGUUGAGAUCCUGGUGCCCCGCGACAUAACUGACCCCCUAAACCUGAAGGGAGGUUGUGGUGUGGGGGGAGAGGAUGCAGGCAUGCUUCUAUCCCCUGUAAAGUCCAGGAGGAGGCACAGAACCAGACACCAUGGAGCCGGCGGGGGAGAAAAGGAGGCGGUUCCUGCUAGACUGUUUUCCUCUUCAGCUGGAGCCACAGCUCCUCUGCUAAACACAGACAGCAGUGUCCCUCCAUCUCCGCUUCCCUGUGAGCUCAACACGGCGAUAACCUGUCGAGAUGACGUAGCUCCGCCCCCUGUCCUCCCCAGGAGACACACACAUCCUCCACCAGGCCACAAACCUGGGAACCAGAGUGAUGGCCGCCCCCGGAAACGGCGACGUACCACAUCAACAAAAUCGACAGAUACAACUAUGGUCACCACGACCACCACAGCUCAGCUAAGCAAAUUCCAGACGCCUCUGGUGGGAGGGGCUAAAAAGUCUGGAGAUUCUCUAGUCUCAACUCGGCCACCAGAGAAGAGGAAGAAAGACAAACACAGGUACCAGUAUGGCAGCCACAGCCAUUACUAUGGUUACCAUGGUUUCUAUGGCGAGGGGAGGGUGGGGACAGAGGAGGAUCCACGGCUCUGCCUGUUGGAGGACAAAUGGUUCAGAGACAAGACUGUGCUGGACGUGGGCUGUGCCGCAGGUCACAUGACACUGAGCAUCGCUCGCAGGUUUAGCCCCACCCACAUCCUGGGGGUGGAGCUAGACAGACAGUUGGUCCAUGCAGCCAAUCAGAACAUCCGACACUUUUUGUCACAUGACCUGGUGGUGGAGGAGAGAGGCAGGACUCGAGGAACAGUGCUGUUGACGAUUAAGGGGGAGAAUCAGGAUACUGAAAUACUUGAGGAAGAGGGUGAACAAGAGGAGAAGGACAAGAAAAGGGGCCAUGAGGAAGUGGUGGAAGAGGCCCUGUCCCUCCUCUCCUUCAUGGUGACCCGAGGCCCCCUCUCAGCUCCUCCUCUCUUCCUUCCUCCAUCCUCGUCUUCCAGGUUCCCCAACAACAUCACCUUCAUCCAGGGUGACUAUGUGUCAGAGCGAGUGGUGUGGCCUGGGGGCGGCCAGUAUGACGUCAUCAUGUGUUUUGGCGUGACCAAGUGGGUCCAGCUUCAAUCAGGCGAUGCCGGUGUGGUCCGGCUGUUCAGACGAGCCUAUCAUAGUCUGUCGCCGGGUGGAUUAUUCAUCCUGGAGCCACAGCCAUGGAGCAGCUAUAGCCACAGCAAGCGAGCAUCGGAGACGACGUAUCAAAACUACCGGAGCCUGAGACUGAAACCUGAGCAGUUCACCACAUACCUAACUGACUGCGUGGGCUUUACAUCCUACCGCCUCCUCAAACACACAGGGAACCUGCGGCCUGUUUACCUGUUCCACAAAGGCUCCGCCCAGAGGAAGUGAGGCCACCGGGACGUUUGCGCUCUGGAUCUUGGACUGAUGGAGUGGUGGGAGAUGGACUCUUUUGGUCAACCUCUUUAUGGCUGUUGAGCUGAAUGGAUUCUGGUUUCUCUGCAUGUGACUGGUCGGCUAAAGGCUGAUCAAGCCAGAGGCUGCAGAUCGUUGUUCUGUCUGAACACUGGACAAUUGGUGGAAAUGACACAUUUGGUUUUUCAGAAUAAUACUUCCGAUUUUUGUUGCUUAAGUUACCGCUUUUGUCAAAAUAAAAAGUAGCUGUUUCUUUUUAAAGAA